UCACCCUAGUCAAUGGAAAUGGCACCGUGAAGUCUGAAGAGUACUCUGUUGAACAAAAGCAAGUCUUCCUCAGCUUGGGAGCGGUCUCCUAUGCAGCAUGUAUAGGCGCUUUUCCUGUCUUCUUCAUGAAUCGGUACACGCUGAAGAGUCCCCUAACAGAACUGGUUGUCAGAAAACUUCUACAUGCUCCUUUGCUGGGCUUGAUGAGUGCACUUACUGUGGCGAUUGUGAGAAGUCCAGAAUUUGAGAAUGGGAUUGAAGUGAUGGACAGGAAUGGCCAAGUUGUAGGAGUAUCGAAGAAUGCUGGUGAGAAGGCUGUAAGAGAAACAGCUUUGUCAAGAGCAGCCUUGUUUGGGACAUCCUUCUUCCUGCCAGCUGUGUUCAUGUACUUUGUGGAGAGAGCAAACUUUGCAAAAACUCCACGUGCUUUUGCUUCCAUGAGAAUGAUGAUGAUUACAGGAGUACUGGCAGGGAUGCUACCAGUUUCACUUAGUAUAUUCCCACAGUGUGGGAAGGUAAGUCCUUUUACCAGAACUGAUUUUAGGAUUAUUACUAUAUAA